ACACAACUGUGUACUUGGGGGGCUAUGGGAAGAAAAAGGAAAAAUAAAAUCUUUAAAAAAAUAAGAAAAACAGGAAAGUAAGAUUUCUUAGGUCUUUUACUUGUUUGGCAGCAGCAACCUGGCACUAAAGAACCUUUUUCUUCCCUCAUCUGCCCUCCCUAUCUACCCCAUCCUUCCUCCUUGUCUCAUCUGCCUGGGGAAAACAGCCCCCACCUCAGCCCCAAGGCACCUGCAAUACCACGACAAGGGCUUCCUCUCAGCUUCCCUGAAUGUGACUGACCCUAGCCAAGACUCCUCCUCAGCCAGAAGGGCCUGCUUCGGGGACCAGUUCCCAUCAGUUUCUCCUGAUAAGACAGGCAGGCUAGGGCAGGAAGUGGGGACGGGGAAAUGAAGGCAAGUCGGCACUGGCCUGCCCUCUGCUCCCACCCCACCCACAACUUCCCCAUCAGAAUUUGUGUGUGCUAGUAUGCUUGUGUGAUUGGAUGAUUGUGGAAACACAACUGUGUGGUUGUGGGACGCUGAGUAUAAGGCAGGGCUGUGUGAUUCCGCCUCUAGUUGUCUGACCAUGCAAGGCUGACCAAGGGAUUGAGGUGCUACCGUGAUUGAGUAGCUACGGGUAUGUGAGUGUCAAUGGCCAUCACUGGAUGCCACUGGGGAUCCUUGGCUGCCCUUACUCACUGUACUCUCAGUCCCCAUAUUCUGCACUAUCCCUCUCCCCAGCUUCUCUGCCCAGGGCUUAAGAACCCAGGGGGAACAGCAUUCCUAGAAGAAGAAGUGGUCUGUGGCAAUUAGGGCCCAGGAGUGUCACAGGAUGAGUAAUACAUUUCCACCUGCCUCUGACUCACCUGGUGCCCCAGGUGAAAGGCAUCUAGAUAAAAGGUAGGGGAAGAGCAGAGAGAAGGAUCCAGGCUGAGCAGCAUGAAGGGGCCCUCACCUACCAGCAGCCUCCUGCUGUUACUGUUGCUCCUGAGCACAGACCCUACAGCAGCAAUUCUGCUGCCACCCAGCACUAGCUGCUGUACUCAGCUUUACCGACAGCCACUCUCGAGCAAGCUACUGAGGAAGGUCAUCCGGGUGGAAGUACAGGAGGCUGAUGGGGACUGUCACCUCCAGGCUAUCGUGCUUCACCUGUCUCAACGCAGUGUCUGCAUCCACCCUCAGAACCGCAGCCUGGCCCAGUGGUUUGAGCGCCAAAGGAGGAGGCUCCAAGGGAUUCUGCCCAACCUGAAUUUGGGGCUGACAGGGAAAAUGGGCCAGGGCCCCCAAUAGCCAAAAUAAUAAAGCAGCAUUGGAUAGUCA